AUGCUCACAACAGAGCAAAUCGAAGAUCUUUCGGAGAAUUUUAAAACGGUGUACCAAGAUGGCACGGGGUUUCUACCACACAGCGAUCUUCAAGCCGCUUUGAAAGUGCUAGGUAUCGAUAUACCAGGAUACAAGAUGCGUGAGCUCUCCGAUCGAUAUGGUUUUUCAAAUUCUGACAAAGUGGAGUUGUCUCGAUUUGCGGCUUUAUUCGAUGAGCUAGAGCAAGCAAAACAUCAAGAAACUAAUCGGUGGAAGGAACGAAUCGGAUCAGUAAGUGGUGCGUAUCAAAUUCCGAGCGACAAGCAAGAAAACACUGUACAUACGAUUAGAACCGAGGAAGAAGUAGCCUUCUCUAAUUGGAUUAAUUCCAAUUUGUCAGAUGAUCCUGACCUCAAGCGGUUACUGCCUGUCAUUCCUGAAGGGAACGAUUUGUACACAAAAAUUCAGGAUGGCUUAAUUAUUUGCAAACUCGUAAAUUUGGCUGUUGCUGGUACCAUCCAUGAGAAAGCAAUUAAUAAGAAGAACUUGAAUACCUACACCAAGUUGGAAAAUCUUACUUUGGCACUAAUGUCAGCGCAGGCUAUUGGUUGCAAUAUCAUUAACAUUGACAACAUAGACCUUAGCAAGGGAACUCCUCACCUUGUGCUGGGCCUUCUUUGGCAAAUAAUCAGAAUUGGUCUGUUCAACCAGAUUGAUUUACAACAUUGUCCAGGAUUGUUCCGCUUACUAAAAGAAGGAGAGACGCUCGACGAUUUGAGAAAAUUGUCACCAGAAGAGAUUCUAAUGCGAUGGGUGAACUAUCACAUGGAAAACGCAAAUGUCAACCGUCGGUUGACAAACUUCACCACUGAUAUCAAUGAUUCUGAGAUUUAUACACAUCUGCUUCAUCAAAUAGCACCAAAUGGCUGUGGCGUGACCCUGUCUCCACUUUCAGUCAAGGGUAAUGUGAGUCGUGCAGCAGCAAUGUUGGAUGAAGCGGAGAAGCUGGACUGCCGUGAGUUCGUCACCCCCAACGAUGUCGCCAGUGGUAACUACAAGUUGAAUCUUGCAUUUGUCGCAAACCUUUUCAACAAACAUCCCAAUCUACCUGAUCCGGCCGCUGAUGAAAUCAUCGAGGAAGUGGUCGAGGAAACGCGCGAGGAAAGAACGUACAGAAACUGGAUGAAUUCAAUGGGUGUGAAUCCCUACGUGAAUUGGCUUUACAGUGAUCUGCAGAAUGGCGUUAUAAUAUUCCAGCUCUAUGAUAUCAUUCGUCCUGGAAUCGUACAAUGGAAGCGAGUGGUGCGCGUGUUUCACAAGCUGAGGGGUAUGAUGGACCAAAUCCAGAAUUGCAAUUAUGCAGUAGAACUUGGCAAACAAUUGCGAUUCUCGUUGGUUGGUAUCCAAGGCAAAGACAUCUACGAUGGAAAUCAAACCCUUACUCUUGCACUUGUGUGGCAAUUAAUGAGGGCCUACACUCUGACGAUUCUGGCGCAGUGUACUCAAAGUGGUGAUUCACUUCCCGCUGACAAGGACAUCGUCGCCUGGGUCAACCGUAAGUUAGCAUCAUGCGGGAAGUCGUCUUCGAUUCGCUCCUUCCAAGAUUCAUCCAUUUCCGAUGCAAAAGUUGUGUUGGACCUUAUUGACGCUAUAAAACCGAAUGUCAUCGAUUAUUCAUUAGUGAGUAAUAGUAAUAAUAUGGAAAACGCCAAAUAUGCAAUCACGUGUGGUCGAAAAAUUGGAGCCAAAAUAUACGCGUUGCCUGAGGAUAUCGUUGAAGUGAAACCGAAAAUGGUGAUGACCGUAUUUGCGUGUCUAAUGGCCCGUGACUACAUGCCUGAUAUGAGGGAAUCAGUUCCAGAACCCGUUUAUCCUAUGUCUUAA